AUGGCAGACAAAUCGUACGCCCCUCCAGCUCCACCCGGGCCACCUCCUGGUUACGAUGCAAGGCCUCCGCCACCAUAUCACAACUGGCAGGACGCAGUUCCUGACACUGCAGAAUUUCCGCCGCCCCCAACAUCAGGGAAUUACUACUCGAAUGCUGGGAAUGCCUCUGCCGAUGACGCCGAGCGUGCGCAUAAUUUUUGCAAUAGCACUCCGCUGUAUCGUCCUGCCCAUCCGCCCACUGUUGUAUACAACUCUGCUCGGAACUAUGAUAUAUCGCCUAUACCUCCGGCUGAGUUCGGUGGCAGCAUCUCUGGACACCACGGACGCUGGAAGGGGCUUACCAGAGACGGGAAUGGCGAUUGCGCUCUGCUAACGAACCUACCUCUCUAUUUUGCACUGGCAGACUCGCCAUUCGUCACGAAAGGAAAGAAGACUAUCUACUUUGAAGUCAAACUGCUUGGUCUCCGUGCAGGGCCUACACCGAACGAUGCUAGUGGGCUAUCUGUAGGAUUUGCGGCACAGCCGUACCCAACUUGGCGAUCCCCGGGAUGGGAGAGAGGCAGCCUCGCGGUAUUCUCGGACGACGGAUGUCGCUUCACGAAUGAUUCGUUUGGCGGGAAGGACUUUACAGAUGCGUUCAGAGUGGGCGAGACCGUCGGUGUCGGAAUGACCUUUGAACUUUCGGAAGACCUUGUUUCCGUACCAAAGCUGAAGGUCAAUAUAUUCUUUACCCGAAAUGGCCAGCACUCCGGCGGAUGGGAUCUGCAUGAGGAGAUAGAUGAGGAAGCCGGCGGUGUCGAGGGACUCGGUGGUGAAGCUGACCUGUACGCGGCUGUCGGAUUAUUUGGGGGAGUUGACUUUGAAAUAUGUUAUCAUCCCGAAGGCUGGCUCUAUCAUCCAUGGUGA